AUGUAACUAGAGAUGAUGUUGGAGGUUGAUGAAGGAGACGGAGAGAUGCAUAUAUGUGAUGUCUGAUGUUGAUUAUUAUUUUUUUAAAGCCAGAGAGGUAGGUGCAUAGACAGGCAUAGAUGGAUAGGUUGAACCGCUAGGGUGACCUCAAGGAUGCUUUUCAAAUAAACGCAUCUUAGAGUGGCUGUGUACAAGAGCUGUACUGUUGAAUACUUUAAAACAUUUGUUUCCCUGGUGGGAUUUGGUGCUUCAAAACUCUGUUUUGCAAGUUUUUCUUUUCUAUCUCAAUCCAACGGUUUGGUGAGCAACACAUUAUUUCUCUUUGCGCGCACACACAAACACACACAAAUACACGCACACUUCCUUAAUUCUGUGCACAGAAUAGAAUCUGACAAGCGCCAGCCUGGAAGAUUAAUUAAGAAAACAAAUGUGGGUUGGUGCUGAGAUUUAUGGCUCCUUUGGAGAGGCGAGCCUGUCUACAAAUGUCAGAAACUGAGAGUAGGCGGCAUGCAGAUCUCAUUCUCACUUUCUCUACAGAAUGGAAAAGGAUGUCUGGUUCUCUCCCUCUUUUUCACCCACCCGUCCGGAAAAAAGCCGUUUUUAGGGCGAAAGCCGUUCGCUUCUCAGUGUCGAAGCGAAGUGCACGUGCGGUUGUGGAUUUGCUUGGAAAUGGCUUGUGUUGCUUCACAUGGAGCUGAUAAACAAACCAAUCCAGCGGUGAGGCUUCCAGAGUAGGCGAGGGUGGUGUGUUUGGAGAGCUGUGAGUGCUUAGGCGCGAUUUUCUUCUGUUAAGAGAAGGCAUCGCUACGGUUAGGGCGGUGGCACAACGCUUGAAGCUGACUAGCAGCUCUUGAAAUGGACUAGCAACGCAAUCCUAGAUGUGCGCGCAAUCCUAGACGUGCAUGGGAGUUAAAUGGGGUUUGCUCUCAGGUCAGUCGGUGCAGAAUUGCAGCUUAUGGCUGCAGUGACACCCGCCCACUUACGCAGAAGUAAGUCCCAUUGAUCCUAGUGGGAUUCACUUCAGGUAAACAUACAUAAGGUACUGAGUGCUCCAGAGUUCGGAGGAGAUGGGCUUGAUUUCAAUUUUAUUUCUAAAGUCUGUCUGUGUGGGGGAGCAGCUUCUGGAACGCGGUAGUGCUCUUGAGCUGGACUGAACUUGCUUCGGCGUUUGCUUAAUGCGCUUGGCUUCGGAUGGCGCCCCAAAUCGCCGUUGCAGGAAUUUGGCAACAUAAGCAAUCGUAAGAGAGGGUGUUUCGGCGGUGAAGCUGCAGUUCUCCUGCUUUUCUCUAUAUGGAAAUAGAAAGUCGGGAGGUAACUGGCUUACAAAAGCUGAAGGUGCAUGCUUCUCUCCCCGCUCCCCCCCCGCCCCCUAUCCUUCUCCACUCGGCGAGGUGCGCUCUCCGGGAGUUUUGCAGGGACAUGCUCGGUCGGCGGCAGAGCGCCUGUUGUUAUGAUAAGUCGGCAGCAGCAGCAGGAAAAGUGAAGCAUGCCUGUCACCUCCCAGGAUUCACUGGCUGCGAGUUGCCCAGCCAGUUGAGCGGGUUGGGCCGAGCCUGGGAGCCCCAGCUUGUCCGGGCCAGCCAAGCGCCAGCCGCCUCCCUUUUUCUUUCCCUCCCCUCCCCCCCGACAGUCUUCACCACCCCUUUUCCACGAUCCUCAGCCCCAAAGGGGAAAAAAGGGCUCCGCGGGGUUCCCGAGAGUAGCUCCGCCGCCCCGAUUCCCGUCCCCUCCGCCGCCACAACCUCUGGGAGAACGGAGCUCCGAAAGGGCGGCGGAGAUUCCACGCGCGGAGCAGGGAGGGCCCUUCCCCUUCAGCCCGGGGCUCCGGCGAGGCCCUGUUGUUGCUGCUGCCGCCGCCGCCUCGGGCCCUCGAGCCAUGGACGUGACGCAGCAGGACGCCGCCGGAGCCGAGCCGCCAGGCCCAGGAGAGCCGGGGCAGCUGAAAGGAGGCGGCGGCGCCGAGGCGGGCUCCUCCGAGAGCGGCUCCUCGCGGAGCAAGAGGGCAGCUGGAGACGCGCAGCUCUUGGCGCUGCCCUUCGACAGCGCGACCUUCGCCCAGCCUCCGCCGCCCGAGGACCGUCACGAUGGCACCAGCAACGGGACAGCCCGCCUACCCCAGUUGGGGAGCGUGGGCCAGUCGCCCUACACCAGCGCCCCACCGCUCUCUCAUACCCCCAACGCUGACUUCCAGCCCCCCUACUUCCCGCCGCCGUACCAGCCCAUCUACCCUCAGUCCCAAGACCCCUAUUCCCACGUUAACGACCCCUAUAGCUUGAACCCUCUUCACGCCCAGCCCCAACCCCAACACCCAGGCUGGCCGGGACAGAGACAGAACCAGGAAACGGGGCUUUUGCACACCCACCGAGGACUUCCGCACCAGCUCUCCGGCUUGGAUCCGCGAAGGGAUUACCGGCGGCAUGAAGAUCUAUUGCACGGACCUCAUGGCUUGAGCUCAGGACUAGGAGACAUCCCCAUUCAUUCGAUACCUCACUCUUUAGAAGACGUACCGCACGUAGAGGACCCGGGUAUUAACAUCCCAGAUCAAACUGUAAUUAAGAAAGGCCCCGUGUCCCUGUCCAAGUCUAACGCCAACGCCGUCUCCUCCAUCCCCAUCAACAAGGACACGCUCUUCGGCGGCGUGGUGAACCCCAACGAAGUCUUCUGCUCGGUGCCCGGGCGCCUGUCCCUCCUCAGCUCCACCUCCAAGUACAAGGUCACGGUGGCGGAAGUGCAGAGGCGCCUGUCCCCGCCGGAGUGCCUCAACGCGUCUCUGCUGGGCGGAGUGCUUCGGAGGGCGAAAUCAAAAAAUGGAGGGAGAUCUUUGAGAGAAAAACUGGACAAAAUAGGAUUAAAUUUGCCAGCCGGGAGACGUAAGGCUGCUAAUGUUACCCUGCUGACAUCACUAGUGGAAGGAGAAGCCGUUCAUCUAGCAAGAGAUUUUGGUUAUGUCUGUGAAACAGAAUUUCCUGCCAAAGCAGUAGCUGAAUUUCUCAACCGACAACAUUCCGAUCCAAAUGAGCAAGUCACAAGAAAAAACAUGCUUCUAGCUACAAAACAGAUCUGCAAGGAGUUCACCGACCUGCUGGCUCAGGACCGAUCUCCUCUGGGGAACUCUCGGCCCACCCCCAUCCUGGAGCCGGGCAUCCAGAGCUGCCUGACCCAUUUCAACCUCAUCUCGCACGGCUUCGGCAGCCCUGCUGUGUGCGCUGCAGUCACUGCCCUGCAGAACUAUCUCACCGAGGCGCUCAAGGCCAUGGACAAAAUGUACCUCAGCAACAACCCGAACAGCCACACAGACAACAGCACCAAAAGCGGCGACAAAGAGGAGAAGCACAGAAAAUGAGGAUUUUUUUGCUUCUCCAAACCCCCCUGUCCAACCAGCCAGCCUGGCUCUCUCUGCAUUUUCCUUUCGGUCUCUCCCUCCUUCCCUCAUCAGCCCCAAGGCUACAGCAGCAGAAGCCCAGAGAUGAUCUACCCCACGUAGUAGGACUGGAAACCCACGGCCCUCCCCGCCCCCAAUCUCCUCCCUCCCUUUCUCCCUCCUGCACUUCCCAGUUCAUUCUCAGUUGCUGCCCAGUCUGGAGCCUAGGAAGAUGAACAAGGCGAUGGAGCCAGCCUAGGAUUUUUUAUUUUUUAUUUCUGGUCGACUCAGUUUGUGUGGACUUUCCAUUUUUUUUAAAAAAAAGCAAAAACAAACAAAAACGAUGAAAAAUUCAAAAAAACAAAUAGAACUUUUUUCUAAAAAAAAAGAAAAGACAAAGUGUGUGUGGGAGAGAGAUCUAAAACAAACAAUUAAUAGACAAUUAAGUAAAUGUGGAGAAAACAAAUGAGUUUCAUCGGACUGAAUCACCAUCUUCCCUUACAUAAACUUCCGUUUAAGAUUGUAGCCAUAUUUAAAAGAGAGAGAGAGAGCGAGAGAGAGACAAAAAGGAUGAUGAUGACAUUUUAUCAGUAUUGUGAAUAAACUUGAACACAAACCACAUGCAGUUCCAUGUCAUGUCUUCAGUUGUAGAACUUUUCUCCUGCCCAAGGUAAAGCGACCAAUUUGAACUUUCUUAUGGUAACACCAACCCACAGUUGUUCUAUAAGGGGAUCAGUGUUCAUGUAUGUAUAUAUUUAUUUAUGUGUAAUUUAAUGGGAAUUGUAAAUAUGGUGAGUCUGUUUGAAACUUUUUUUUUAUUUAUCUGGUGAUCUCGUUUGCCUCUUGUUUAGUGGGUUUUUAAAUCUUUCCCCCUCCUUAGUUCCAUCACUGUGGUUCAUGGUUACUUAUUUAGAAAUCAAAAAAAGGGAGGGGGAAGCUUUUUCGGAGGGAGGGGGUGGAAUUUUUCUGGGAUUCAUCACUUCAGCCCUGUUGUAGCAUGUUUUUUAAAAGGAAACAAUAAAGCAGCUAAACAAAUAAAAUAAUCUGGAUUUAAAAAAUAUAUAUUACGGUAUUAGUAUGACCUUUAGUUUCUAAUGGAUAAAAGCGGAAAAGGACCCCUAACCACCACCUGAAAUGAUGUUCAGUCUCCUUCAGGACAGAUUUUUUCAAGUAUUAGUAGUUUCUAACAACCCCUUAUGUGUUGUGGCUUAAAAAGAAGGAAAAAAAAUAAACAAAAAGUUUAUAUCCCGUGUUCUUCUACUGAAAGCAUCAUCAGAGCAAUAAAUUGAUAUUGUCUAUUCAGAUAAAGGAUUUAGGGAUCUUCUCUCCCCCCCCUUCAUUUUGAGUUGUUUUUUUGAUUCAAAGAACUUCCAUACAUUUGGGACCACCUGGUAUCCUCUAUUUCCACCAGCCAUAUUGGAAGCAGUUAUAGUUGUAUUGUAUUGAGUUGUGCUGGCAGUAGUUUCCAUGCCUGUCAAUGUAUCAUAGUCCUUUGUUGCCCAGAUAAAUAAAUAUUUGAUACGCUUUA